UCGCACGUUGGCCACGCCACACGUCGCGCAACCGUUGGAGGCAAGUGUAGCAACCAAACAAGCAAGUGGCAAGUUACGUUCAAAAACCGGCAAAACACAAAAUACAAAAUACAAAUCCCGCGAUCCGUCGGCAAACAAAAAACUUGAGAAACGCGUUGCGCUUGGGCUUUGAGAUUUCAACUGUUGUACGUUCAUUUGAUUCUGCGGCUGCUUCAUAUUCUUGAGCUAAAGUUUACUUUUGUUAUUUUUUUUAAGUGUGCUCGCGUGUGUGUGUGUGUGUGUGUGCGUGUGUGUGUGUGCGUGCGUGUGUAUAAACAACAGUUAAAGCUCGCCGCCGCGUUAUUUCCGCUUCCGUUUUGCCGCCUUAAUUGCUCUGGCUGGCUGCUUGGCCGGCUGGCUGGGCACUUGAACAAUGCCGCCACCGCAACGAACACUGCUGCCCCUGCCCCUGCCACUUGCCGCACACCUACCGCUGCGCCAUCUACUGUUGCUCUUCAGUCUGCUCUUGUUGCUUCUCCAUGGCCAGCAACACGCUUGGGCCAACGCCAGCAGCAGCAGCAGCAGCAGCAGCAGCAGCAGCAACGAUCAACGCAAAGAUUUAGACUUUGGCGCCUAUGCUAACGAUUUCAAUUUACAAGCUGAGGCUAGCAUACCGGAGGACAUCUUUGACCAGCAUGAUGGUGACAUUGAGGACGAUGCUGCUGCAGCCGCCGCCCAACUGCAAUAUGUCGAGCCUACGGCAGACAGUGACGCUGAUGAUUUUGAGGCGGCUGAUAUUAUACUUGAAUCUCAAAGGCCCAUUUGGAGGAAUUUCAGUGUUUACCUAGGCAGGGAUGGCAGCAGCACAGUCAAGAAGAAGCACAGCAACAACAACAACAACAACAAUAAGAAAAACCACUACAACUACAAAUUGAAAAACAAUAAAGCGAAACAGCUGGCGCUGCAACGACUUGAAGCAGCUACAAAAUCCAUUGCUGCUGUUGAGGCCGUAGUUGGGGAUGAGAUUCAAGAGGCCAAAGAAGCAGACUACGAUGGCGAUGACGAUGCGGAGGAGACUGAAGAGCAAAACUUGAACAUGGACAUGAACGUUGAUAUGGCUGUGCCGAAGCACGCGAACUUUCCCAGCAAAAGUUUUGCGUAUAAAAAAUUUAACAACAUGCACGAACAGCAAAAUCAACAAACCCAAAAGGAGCAACAGCAGCAGCAGCAGCAGCAACAGCAACAGCAGCGUCAGGCAAAUGCCAAUAGUCCAGUCCAGGAGUCAAAGCAAAGAGAGCAGCAGCAGCAGCAGCAACGUGAGCCCGAGCAGCUGUUAGAUGCUAUUGAAAUAUUAAAUGAACGAAAAUUUAAUAAACCAAAGGAGCAGCAACAGCAGCAGCAGCAGCAGCAGCAGCAGCAACAACAGUUGUCAGAGUCUGAGAAUAUUAUGGCAAUUGGUGAUAUUGAGGACAAUUUUGAUAAUGAUGAAGCAUUGGCGGAAGACAUUAAGACGCAACUUGACAAUGAUGAAACGACAACAACAGCACAACCGACACCAACAACAACAAGCAGAACAACUUUAGCUAGCAGCACAGCAGCAACAAUUACUGGCAGCUAUCAACAGCAGCAGCAACAUCAUGAGCCCAUGGCACGCAAACAAAAGCGUCAUGGCUGGUCCAACUACAAGCAACAGCAACAGCAAUCGCUGCCUGAUUUGCCUGAGAAUGCGCACCUAAGCGACGUGGGUGAACUACAUUACUAUGAUCAACAACAACAGCAGCAGCAGCAGCAACUUGGAGCUGACAGCAAAUCACAAGCCAAUUACUUGAGCAGCUAUUUUAGCUCAACAAUAAAUGAAACCAAGAGGCAGCAGCAGCAGCAGCCGCAGCAGCAACCACGUCUGGCAACCGAAACGACUGCAAUGCGUUUUCAUGCGGCUGCUGGUAGCAACGACUACGACGACGACGGCGACAGCGCUUUCGAACGCUUCAAGGCUCAGCGUCGCAGCAAUCAUCACACAGGACACAAGAGCCACAAGAAGCGCUACAAGGACUAUUUGAAGCACAAGUCGAGCAUCAGUGGCAAGCAUAAUUUAAAGCGCGCCAAGCAAGCAACGCCGCCAAUUUUUGCGCUGGGCGUGCGACCGCAACGCGCUACAGUAAAGCCAUUCUAUGAGGGACAGGUCAAUUACUAUGAUCAUGCUGAUCAGCUGAAGCAGCAGCAACAGCAGCAGCAGCAGCAUGAGGAGGAGCAGCCGGCAACACAAACGGAAAUGGAACGUUUGAUAGCUCAUGACAAUGUCAAUUGGUAUCGCCGUGUGAGUCCAGUGUUGAGAAACGGCAUUAAGAGCAACGAGCCACAGCAGCAUGCAGCACAUCAUCAACACCAGCAUCAUCAUCAUCAUCAUCAUCAUCAUGCUGAGAAGCAGCAGCAGCAUCAUCAUCAUCAUAAGCAUCAUCAUCAGGCGCCCAAUCCGUAUCAACGUAAACCAAACGCAGCAACAACGACGCCGUUGCCGCCGCUGCCGCCGCCAAAGCCGCAGCUUGGACAUCAGAUCACCGAACUGGAGCAGCUGGAGCGUUACUAUGCCAAGUGGCCGCAUCUAGCGCGCGUGCAGUUCCAGGUCUAUGAUGAGCAUUACCGUGAGGCGCAUCCCGAACUCUAUGUGGACUACGAUGAGGACUACGAAAGCGCCGCCGAGCUGGAGGAGGCGCAGCAGGAACAUGGCGCCGAGGCAAAUCUUCCGCCGUACAUCAAGAAAUACAAUCGACGCAACAAGCAGCUGUUGAAUCUGCUCGAGGGCACUUUGCCGCCGCCCACACCGCCGCCCAACUCGGUGUGGAGCAGCUCGCAACUGCAGACGGGACCGCAUGCCGCUGUUGCCACCAUACGCCUGGACGAUGACUAUCUCAAGCAGAAGCGUCGACGCUAUCAGCAGCAUCACUACGAAGAUUUGUUUGCCCAACAGCGCAGCAGCAGCAGCAGCAGCACCACAACAACCAUAGCGCCUGCUGCUGUUGCCAAUGAGUUGCCAGAUGAUAAUGAUGAUGACCCCCACUCGUCGGACUUUUGGCCAACCACCAAAGCUGCGGCCACGCCCAUUUCUGUUAGCACUACGCCCAAGCCGGCUUUGUUCAAGCUGCCGCUUUAUUCAGCCAUCGGCAGCAACUUGCUGGGCACACCGCGCAGUCGCAGCGCCCAGUUUGUUGCCAAUGUCGCCGGCCGUGGCCAGAGCCAGAACAACUGGCCCAACAGCAGCAGCAGCAGCAGCAGCAACACUUUGUCGCCUGUGGCAGCUGCAUCGCCGAUGAACUCGUUUGUCUAUCAUCGUGUUGUGGAUGCUGCGCCCGCUGCUGGCUCCGCUGCCAACGCUGCUGGUGGCGCCUCAGCUGCUGCCAAUCGCAAGCAACGUUUGCCGUUUGUUGCCAUUACGGAUCGGCGUCUGGAUAGUGGCGCCUCGCACAAGUUGCUGGCGGCGCGGCACAAAGACUUUGAGCAGAACCACUAUCCAAUGCCUUAAGCCGUCGCAGCAGCAGCAAAGAAACAGCAACAACAACAACAACAACAUUAAUUAACAAUGCACGCAACGAAGUGAAACGAAUUGGAAUCGGCACGGCCUGUAUUUGAUUUUGUGACUGAAACGCUUCAAAAUGAAACACUUACGUUUCCAUUUCGUUGCGCGCCCAUUGCUAAUCUUCAAAGAAAACUUAACCCUAGACAUAAAUUUUAGAAGCUGCUUCAUACAACAAAAGAAAAACACACAAAAAAAAUUAACGCAAACACAAAAAUUUGCAACGACGAAUUUUUUCGUGCUAUUUAUUGUGUUAUGUACUUAGAUUUAAUUUCACUCGCUAAACUGCGAAGCUAAACAUGAUAAAAAAAAAAAAAAAAACAACUAGCGUUAAUUUCAAAGAAAACGUAAUAUCCCAAAUAAUUUUUUUUUGGUGAAGCGUCGUGCAAGAAAUUGUUGAAAGAAACGAGAGCAGCAAAUUAAGUAAAAGUAAAAAAAAACUAAAUGUAAGCUAUAGAAUUUUUUUGGUGUAUGAUAGCAAAGAACACAAAACCCAAGCAUUAAAAAAAGUAAAAAAAAAAAAAAAAGUAGUAGCAUACAGACAAACACACACACACACACACACAUACAGAUUAGCUGUAAGAGAAUUUGCAGUAGAAAUUUUAGUGUUGCAAACGCCGGCAAAUAUGCAACAGUUUUUGGUUUUAAUUCAAACGCCCACAACGUUCACGCCCACAUGCCCACACACUCUAGUGUGCUCUAGUUCAAGUCAAGGCCAAUCAAAUUGCAUUCCAACAAAUCAAGUAGGUUUCAAAAUUAACAAAAACAAAUAUUUAUACAUUACAAAAGAGACAGCAAACAACAAAAAUAAAUACAAUUG